UGUACGUAGACUACUCCAGAUUUUUACGCCUUCCAUUUUCCUUCAGUUUGGCUUCUCGUACCCUCCAAAACCCCAACAAUGGCUGCAACUCCCCCACCUGUUGAAAAUCGAUCCCAACCUCUACCGCAAGUCAUAGUCCCGAUACCCCCAACUAUUUUAAAUUUUUUCGGGGACACUUUCUCGAAAAAGUUUGAGCUUCUCAAAGCAUGGGAAUCUCCGCUCCCUCUCGAUCAAUUCUUGGCCGCCCAUGCACAGUCAGUCCAGGCCAUGCUAUGCUCCAGCACCGGCCCUCGAAUAGUCCCCGAGAUCUUACGGCUCCUGCCUUCGCUCAGGCUCGUCGUUACCACCAGCACCGGCCUCAACCACAUCGAUCUGAGCGAGUGCCGGCGCCUUGGAAUCGCUGUAGCCGAUGCUGGAGGAGUGUUCUCUGAGGAUGUUGCGGACAUGGCGGUGGGGCUGUUGAUUGAUUUACUGAGAAAGGUUUCGGCCGCUGAUCGGUAUGUGAGACAAGGGCUUUGGGCUGCUAAGGGGGAUUACCCACUUGGGUCUAAGUUAGGAGGCAAGCAUAUUGGGAUUGUUGGAUUGGGAAGCAUUGGCUUCCUCGUAGCCAAAAGGCUUGAGGCAUUUGGUUGCAGCAUCUUAUACAACUCGAGGAAGAGGAAGGACUUUGUGUCGUACCCUUUCUAUACAAAUAUCUGUGAACUUGCGGCUAAAAGCGAUGCCCUUAUUAUAUGUUGUGGAUUGAAUGAACAAACUCGGCACAUGAUCAAUAGGGGAGUUUUACUGGCAUUGGGAAAAGGAGUCAUCAUCAAUGUCGGACGAGCUAUUAUCGACGAGAAGGAACUGGUACAGUGUUUGGUGCAAGGAGAGAUUGGAGGCGCUGGUUUGGAUGUGUUCGAGAAUGAGCCUAGUGUUCCCAAAGAGCUCUUUGAUUUGGAUAAUGUCGUGUUGUCGCCGCAUUCGGCUGUAUAUACACCCGAAUCUUUCAAGGUUUUGUGUGACAUAAUGAUUGGGAAUUUGGAAGCUUUCUUUUCAGACAAACCCUUGCUCUCUCCAGUCAUGUAUGAAUGAGUUAUGGUUUUAUUUGCAGAUCAUCAAAUCAGUUGCUGCAGUUCACAUAAUUUGUUUUAUCUUGUCAUUCUUCUGCACCCUGAUUAAGGCAGUAACAUGUUGCAAAAUGGAACCCAAAUUUUAAGUGACUUUGAUCCCUUUUUGUCCUGAUUGCUACUUUUCUCACUGGAUGCUGAAUAUAAGGAUUGGUGUAGUCAAGAAGUCAAUGUUAUGUCUAAGAUGAUGAGCUACUCUGCUCCUAGCCUCCUAUGAUUAUGAGCAUUGGGCACAAGUCCUGGCCAU